UUUUGCCAGCACCAACAACGACAACUCACCAAAAAAAUUGCUGCUGUGAUUUCGUUUUAAAAUUUUGGUUUAACUUUUUAGAUUUUUGUUUGCAAGUGUAGUAUAAAAACAAAUAAGAAACUAUAAUAACAUAAAUAAUUAUCUAAUCAAGUGCGGCAGCACACGAGCAAAAACAAAAACGGCACGCCAAGCAAAAACAAGUUCGAGUUGUUGUAGUUGGUUUUCCAGCCACCGUUCGUCGAGAUUGUGUGAAAAAUUCCGUAGCACUCGAUUGCUCCAAAAUGGUUGAUAAGUUUAUAAGCAUGUGGAAAGUGCGCGAAUUGGCGGACAAGGUCACCAAUGUCGUGAUGAACUACACGGAGGCGGAGGGCAAGGUGCGGGAGGCCACUAACGAUGAUCCCUGGGGCCCCACUGGACCACUGAUGCAGGAGCUGGCCUACGCGACCUUUUCAUACGAGACAUUCCCUGAGGUGAUGUCUAUGCUGUGGAAGCGCAUGCUGCAGGACAACAAAACCAACUGGCGCCGCACCUACAAGAGCCUUCUCUUGCUCAACUAUUUGGUGCGGAAUGGCUCCGAGCGGGUGGUAACAUCCUCGAGGGAGCACAUCUACGAUCUGCGCUCGCUGGAGAACUACACGUUCACCGACGAGGGCGGCAAGGAUCAGGGUAUUAACGUUAGGCAUAAGGUACGAGAGCUUAUAGACUUCAUUCAGGACGACGAUCGGUUGCGCGAGGAGCGCAAGAAGGCGAAGAAGAACAAGGACAAGUACAUUGGCAUGAGCAGCGAUGCGAUGGGCAUGCGAAGCGGUGGCUACAGCGGCUACAGUGGAGGCGGUGGAGGUGGUGGCAGUGGAGGCUACAACGAUGGCGGCGACUAUCGGUCCAGUCGUGGAGACAAUUGGUACUCGGACAAGAACAAUGACAAGGAUCGGUACGAGGAUGAUGAUACUCACUACGAUGGAGAGCGCGAGGGAUCCGACAGCGACUCACCCAGUCCAAGACGUAACUACCGCUACAACGAUCGAGCUAGUCCCGCCGAAGUGGCCAGCGAGGCAAAGCCCUCCAGCCUCAACAUGAACAUCCGAUCGAAGACCGUCAGCUCGCCGGUGUCCAAGCAGCCAACGUCAACGGCUGCCACUAAGCCUGCGGCGUCGCAGAAGAAGAUCGAUCUUGGUGCGGCGGCAAGCUUUGGAAAGCCAGCGCCAGGCGGUGCUGCAGGCAUCCACUCGCCAACGCACCGUGACACACCCACCAGCGUGGACCUAAUGGGCGCUAGCUCGCCCUCCAACUCCAAGGCAAACAAUAAUACGCAAAGCAAUAGCAAUGAUCUGCUGGACGAUCUAUUCAAAACCUGCUCACCGACGCCGACGCAGGAGAAGACCCUGAAUAGCGCUGCAGUGAUUGUUGAUGACGACGACGACUUUAAUCCGCGGGCUGGUGAUAAUGGCCAGCAGGAGUUCGGCGACUUUGCCUCGGCCUUCGGUGGCAACUCGGCAGGGCCGGUCAGCGAGCCACCUUCCACUGGCCUUAUUCCGGCCACCAAUGAUGAGUUUGCCGACUUUGCUGCUUUCCAAGGGUCGACUACGACCACCUCUGCUCUGGAUGGGAAUCUGCUUAAAACGGCCACGCCGGCCAACGACUCGUUUGACCUGUUCAAUGCUGGUACCACACCGACAGCGUCGGCUACCACGGCUACGGAUCUCCUGGCAGGUCUGGGCGAUCUGUCCAUACACCAAAGCAUGCCCAUGGCCGUCGAAGAGCAGGCAUCCAGUUGCGAUUUGGUGUCGCCUCCUCUUCCGCCGCCGCCGGAGUCGGUGCGUUCGGCCUUGGUGAAGGCGCAGAAGCAGCUGUGCGAAUUGGAGAAAAUCCAGAGUGCUUCAUCUGCCAACCAGGUUGCUGUCAUUCUUAGGGAGCUCUACCAGACGAAUGCGCUGCCUGGCUUUACCACACCGGAACAGAUGGUGGGCCUCGAUCGGCAGUCGUGCGACUGGAGUUCGCUGGCUAACGGAGAAUACGCCUCGUUGCUGAACCAAGUCGUCGAGCUUUUCAGUCAGGAUUGGCCUGAACCAUCGAGGGAUGUGGACCUCAUGAAUCUCUUUAAGCUAGAUCAUAGCUUUGACUAUGCUCUAGUCGCCUUUGAGACACUGCAGACAGGAUUGGAUCAGUUUCCAGGCACCGUUGCCUCAUUGCUGGAGAAUUUGCUGAAGGACGACUCCCUGGUUCCUAUUACCUUGCUGCACAUCUCCCGUCAAAGGGGCUCCUUAAUGCAGCGAUAUGCAAGGACCAUCAAAGUAAUGCCAGAGAGACGACUCGAGGAGUUGGAUGCCCAGGUGAAAGCGUUCUUUCAACUGCUUGUCGGUCUGCCCGCCUAUGUGGCUAACCGCCUGGGUCGCCAGAUGCCGCAGACCUUUUCUCCUAUUCCCUAUCAGCAGCUUCUGCUGCGUCAGUGGCUAAAAUCCGUGCACUUCCUGCUGCAAUGCGAGGAUGACGAGAAAUUCUUUGAUUUAGAACCACACUCUUGGAUAUUGUCACAGCUUAUAAACCUACAAUACGAUGUCUCAACUCUGGAGGGUUUCCUACGAGUGCUAAAGGAUUAUGCUGUGCCGCCGAGAGGAAGAAAGGUGGUGCAGGCCGUAAUGAUGCACCUGGAUCCGGGUGCUUGCAUAAAGGUCGCCCAAUCGGCACUCUCGGCCGAACUGAAUCUCUACGUGCUGCUGGGACCAUCGGCGCUGGAGGCCCCUCACUGGAAGCACUGCCUGCUGCAAAAGUUACCCCUACAACGGACGCCCGUGGAAAACAAGCAGAUUAAAACACUGACGAAUUACCUUAAUGUGUCUGCGUCUGGUCAACUGCAAGUGCUCUUCAAUCAGUUACUGGGCAUAUGGUCCAAGCGCAUUUCGCUGCAUAAACUGAGCAGCCAGGAACACUUGGCCAUAUCCAAGUUCAUUGUGUUGGCAGGAAAGUGUCUCUUUCGAGGUCUGGAAGUUGAAUUAGACAGCAAGCGGCAGUUGCACGACGGACUUAGUAACCAUUUGCAGUCCCCAGACUCGUUGCAGCGUUAUGUGGGAAUGAAAACAGUGGAACUGCUCUUUAACUUUAUGGCUUCGCCGGAAACAAAAGAGGAGGAUCGACUUCGAUUUGAUUACGACACCAUGAAGGGGACACCACAAUGGCACAUCUUUGAGGAGUUGGACGAACUGGCGAUGUUUGAAUGCCCCAGCAAGACCCUUCUGGACGAGAAGACCGAUGAAGACUACCCGAAGCUAUUGGAAUCACAUCUUAAAGAAUUUAUGGGCAGCUAUGAGGAAAUGCAGCAGCAGACUCACCCUAAGAGUGAUACCACUAAGAAGCCUGCCGCCAGGACGGAAAUUCAGAAUAUGCAACUGGACUCGGACGAUGACGAGCCACUGGAUGAAGAUGACGACGAUCUAAAGCCUUAUGACAUGUCUAACGACAUAACCAGUACCCUUGAGCAGCGUCCAAAGUUCUUGCUGGACUUGCUACAUCUCCUUCGCACCAAAGUGGAUAACUAUCAGGUGUUUGAGGGCGCUCUGGGCACCGCAGAGUCUCUUAUUCGUGGUCAGCUCUCCAGGCACGAUGCACAGCUGGCGCUGGAUCUGCUGCAACUGUUCCUCACGUUGGACAUGCAGUACUACUUUGAGAACUUCGAACGGACGCAGUAUCAGUGUUGUGUUGCCAUUUGUGUUGCCCAUCCUGGUCCAUGCGCCGAGUACUUGUGCCGUCAGUUUCACACAGAUAACUCCACCUAUGCGGCCAAUGUGCGUAUCCUAAUCCUUCAGGUACUGGCAGCGGCGGCCAAAGAACUUUCAGGAGACGAGGUGCAGCCAGAUGAGGCUGCAAGCCUAGACAUUGUGCCACCUGCAGCCAAACAGCCGCGAAAGUUUGAGCUCCAGAACGAGGAAGAGAGUCCAGCAGCGCGUUUGGCGGCUGCUCAGAGGAUAAUCCGUGAACGCCUUCGAGCAAAAACCAAGCGAUACUUUAGCAAGCCAAAGACAGGGGAUCGAGUGGAAAGAGCCAAUCCCUUCCAUCCGGUAGCCGGCACCUUCUUCUUCAGCCUGGUGAGGGGCCAGCGGACACGGCAAAUGCUGUUCGUGAAGUAUGAGGAUAUAGCCCACGACAUAGACACCCAGCUGCUGGUGAAUCUGCUGCAUACUCUGUCCGUGCUAGUCAUGUGCUCCCAGAACUGUCCCCUUUUGCCGGCCAUGACCCGCGAGAUCUUCGACCUGUGCGCCUUUGUGCGUUUCAACGCUGAAGCACGCGUGCGUGCAGCCACUCUGCAGCUGAUUGGUAUCGCCCUGGUCACCACCCCUGGCCACGUACUUGCCCAACACUUUGCCGAGUCUCUAAACGAGCUGCAGCGAUGGCUGGAGGACUUUGUGCGUUCGCCCCUUGUAGGCGGGGAGACAUCAGAAGAGUGCCGAGAUCUGGCACAAAGCAUCCUGGAUACCUGCUACCAGCUCUUCGAUACAGCCGCCAUGCAACAGGCUGCCUAGCUAUAGCUCAUGAGGAACACAGUGGAUCUAUUCAUAAAAAUACAGCUGAAGUGUUUUUAGGAGACAUGCUAACAUUUCGAAUAUUUCAAGUUUAAAACUACAUAUUUCGAAACCUUUAUUUUUGUUGAUUUCGCUGAAGAAAUCUUGAAACCUAACCUUACGUUUAUAUCCAAAUAUUAAACAACAAUACACACAUACAUAUGCAUUGAAACCCGUGUCCUUAAACAUUUUCCCAGUAUUUUUACAAUUUACAUUAUUUAAUAAUGAUAAAUAGCCAUAAGUUUAAACCGACACAGGCCAUUGUAUUCCAGGUAUAUACGGAUUUAUAUCAUUUAAACUACUUUCUUUUGUUUAUUUGUUUUUCUCCCACUGCAUUUUUGUAUUGCAACCCAAACAAAACACACACAUCGGAUCUAAUUUAAUUUCCCAAAUAUAUACAUAUGUACUUAAAAUGGUGAAUUAAAAAGCAUUUCUCAAUAUUCCGGGCAUUGCGCCACCGGCGCGGACUCAUUAGGUAAACGAAAAGCAACCCAAUUUAGCAGCAAUAAGCGCCCUAGCCAUAGCAAUAGCUCAAUAUCUGUAUACGAAACUAUUCUUUGACUAUGUAAUUGCACUUGUCUACUUAAUUUGCCGCGCAAACGCUUCCGAGUAGUGACCACCAUCUCAUUAGACGAUCACCAAGUAGACGCAUUCGCAACUCUAUCGAAGUCACCCAUCUAAAGCCAGCUUCUUUAUACACCAAAUGAAUC